AUGCGCCGUCCGCCCGUUGCCUGUCGCCGAGCAGUGCAAUCGCUCCAGUCUUCCUCCUCCCAGCACAUAUGGAUCUCUGACGACCUCCUCACCGGCGCCCUCAAUCGAUUUUUCCCCAGUUCGUGCCCGCAACAGAAGCGCCAUGGCAGCCACGUUCCGGGGCCAUUGGAGGCCAGGAGGAGGGCAGCAAAGCGCCGAAUGACUGUCUCAGCGGGCUUCUACCCUCAGGGAAACUUUGCGCCACUGUUCAAUCUCGGUGCGCUUUUUGGCUUCCGCAAAGAUGAUCCGCCCACUUGGAGAUACGAAGCACCGUCUUUACAAACCCAUGCAGAGCCAUUGACUUCGCCUCAGCAUGUUCCAAGCUUGCCCAUAACGCAACCCAACCGUACAUCCACCGAGCACACAGCUUCGACGCCUACCGCUUCUACAUUCGGUGCCCCAUACCCUUUUUCGCAGAAUACUUCGCAAGAUAAACCGCAGGAACAUCUGAGCAGAUCAGGGGAAUGCACAGUCGAUGCGCUGGAUCCUGAGGCGCAUUUUGACGACUUCAAGACAAAGAUCGCAAACGCUGGAAUUAUGUCCAGUACCGAACGGGGCCGAUUACUACAUCAGAGCUGGAUAUCAUGUCGCCCAGCCACCAAUAUCGAUUGGGUCUACAACGUCAUGGUAGUCAAGCAUCUGACCGAAAACCGCUGGGAUCACACACGCAUCCUUUCCAGCCUCAAGUUUUUCAAUUUACCUCCCACGUACACGCCCGAGAGUCUCGACCUCCUCAAGUGUCUGGAAACGUCCGGCGCGUAUCUACCGCAUGCCUCCCGUGUCCACCGCCGCGUAUAUUCCAAGAUGAUAGAAGCCGCUACAUCAGCUGCAGAUUCAACAAGCUCAUUACAGGAUACCCAACUACUCACACUGAUCCGGUCAGCCCUUCGCAGCUGUUCCUACGUUACUGAAGCCGGCCAAAGUGCUGUAGGCGAUCUUUGCUUACUUGCGGACAAGAUCGAGGCUUCGAACUUGAGAAAGGCGAUACGUUCUUUGCUGGCCGAUUUCGACAACGCAGAAAAAGUCAUCAUGUUGAUGAUUGCACGCGCUUCUCACAAUUAUCUCCACGCUGUCGAGGAAAUACUUUUCUUCCUGCCUGAAGAACGACUCCAGUCGCUAGUUUCAUCGGUGACUCUGUCCCUCAUACAAGGCGUCAGGAAGACACGAUUGUCGGCUGAGACGUACUGGCACUGUGCGCGUGCGUGGAUGACAGUCCUUGGAAACCUUGACGCCCGAUUCGAUGCAACCCGUUCCAAUAGCACCUACACACAAAUCGCCUUCACCGAGGUGGCUGAGGGUGUAUUCAAGAGCGAACGUACGGGUACUAAGCGGCCACUUCUAUUACUCUAUGCUCUCGCGUUCCGUAUGGCACAGCAGCCAGGCUAUGGUGUGUACAAGGACAGUUGGUUACAGUGCGUACACGCCUACGCGGCCUCUGCACUGAAGCAGCAAGGCAUACUGAGAAUUGAAGACGAAGUGAUAAAGGUCUUUAAGCACAUGCGGACGGCUUCCGUUCGGUAUGGGCCGAUGAUGAGUAUGGCUGUCCAUACAUUCACAUCCCACGCCAGCCUUCGGUCUCUGCGCCGAUUUCAAUACCUUGUACAAAAGUAUCGAUUUCCACUACAUAACAUAGAGGCCAUACAAACCCGUCUCGCCGCUGAGUUGCCCACUCUCCGACAGCAACCAAACCUGCAGACAGUCCAGGAGCGCGAACAGCACGCCUCCACAUUACGUGCAUGCCAAUACAUCUCCGAUUCUCUUAACAAAUUCGCCGGACCAGCGAUCUCGACUACGCUUGUCAGCGAUCAAGAAGAGAUGGAAACUCUACAGGCCCGUCGGGAAUUUGUCGCAAUUCUGGACCGCGCCUCGGACUACCAUGCGCUGCCGCCAGCCUACGCCAACCUCACUGCUGACAUACCGUUCUCUCAGCGCACGGCGCUUGUCCAUCAAUUAGCUCAUCAUUACUCUAUCGCUACUACCCGUUCACAUAACGCAACCUGGCGCUCCAUCUACCAACUAUACAACUAUCUUGAGUCGCAUUCCCUGCCAAUCGGUCCUCUGUUUACCAAAGCUGUAGUCCGAGCUGCUAUUAUCCGGCCCAUGAUGGAGCACAGGUUCGUCAGUGCAAGGACAUUGAUUUGGGUGUGCCAACUCGUUGCCAGGGUUGAAGGUGAAACAGUAGCAAGGCAGAUUGAAGGUGCUUUCCAUCGCUGGAGAGGGGACCUGAUCAAGCAUGCCAAGGAGGUUCAUGAUGCUGCUGGUGGUGAUCGGGGUGCGAAGGCCAUGGUGGGAAGGUUGAAACAGUUGAAUCUGUUGGGGCCCAAGGGUGAUUAG